GCAGAGGAGGGCUCUGCAGAUCUCUCGUCGCGUCGCUAGCGGGUGAGAAGUGACAUCUUGGCACAGCCCCCUGGCUGUUGUUGCUACUUCCACUACGACCUAGCUCGAGGAACCGUGCGCUCGGAUCCAGCGAAGAUGCAGAGUUCGUUGAAGCCCGCGGGCUCCGGGGGUCUUCAGCUACUGGUCUGCUUCCUUCUGCUUUACAGUCGUCCAGGCAGUUGCAGCGACAUAAAUGCCCACGAUGGUCAGAGCCAGGUGGGAUCAGAGCAGCUCUGGACGUUCCAAGGACUUAUUACUUCAGUAUUCCAGUACUUACAACUUAUUUUCCACCAGAUUGUACCCCAAGGCAUGUUCUGGACAGAUGACAUAGCCUAUGAGUUAAUGACCAAAAAGGUGGAACACCUCAGCAGACUCCACCCCCAGUAUCCGUGCCGGAAGGAUGUGAAGGCGGUUUCCCCCACUGCAGCCACUGGGGUGAGGGGCAAGCAAGAGGAGAAACUUCGACUCUUAUCUCCCCAAAAGAGUCCAGCAGUCAAGGUGAACAGGGACCGAUGCUUUACCACCAAAGUAAUCCCAAAGGCCACCAAACAAGAGGCGACCCGUCCCACCAAGGGUUUCUUUGGGCCGUUCCCCACUGUGGGCCUCAACCUUGUUGCUGACUGAGAUCUCACUGCAUAAGAUCCUUUUCCCAGGGAACCUCCUCAUUGCCCUCCAAGGGGCAAUUCUUGGAUGAUCCAAAUAUGAAUAAUUAAAAUUGAUGUUUAUGCAAACAC